AUGUCUGUUCCAUUCGCCGAGCCACCGUGGGCGAACGGUCUUCCAUCGUACUGGUUUACCCCAGAGCUUGCACAAUUCCAAAAAGCAUGCAGAGCAUUCAUGACAGAGCAUCUUACCCAGCAUGCGUGGGAUUGGGAGAGAGAAGAGACUGUGCCAGCGCACGUUUUCGAAACCUUUGCAAAGCACAACAUGCUUGUACCAGCCUUGCCAGCGCCACUGCCGGUCAAAGAGCUGAAGGCCAACGGCAUCCACGACAUCCUAGGGACUAAAGUCGAGGACUUUACCGGAUUCCACAACAUGAUAUAUGGCGAUGAAAUGAUCCGCUCUGGAUUGACUGGACCUGGAGGCAGUCUCWCAACAGGCAUGGCUUUUGGUGUUCCACCUAUCAUCAAGUUUGGAGAUGAGCAGCUCAAAGCCCGGUUUUUGCCUGAUCUCCUUCAGGGCAAGAAGCGGACUUGUAUUGCCAUUACCGAGCCGGAUGCUGGAUCAGAUGUCGCCAACAUCAAGACUACUGCCGUAAAGUCCGCGGACGGAAAGAAAUACAUUGUCAAUGGAACGAAGAAGUGGAUCACCAAUGGCAUCUGGUCCGACUGUGCUACCAUGGCCGUGCGAACGGGUGGCCCAGGACCAGCAGGACUCUCGCUGCUUGUCGUCCCUCUCAAAGGACAUAAGGGUGUGGACAUGAGACGCCUGAAAGUCUCUGGUCAGGUCUCUGCCGGAACCACAUUCAUCGAGCUGGACGACGUAGAGGUGCCUGUAGAGAACUUGAUCGGGCAGGAGGGACAAGGCAUGAGAUACAUUAUGAUAAGUACCACCCGCCGACGAGUUUCUGGUCGUUAUACUGACAACCUCCAACACGAACUUCAAUCACGAAAGAUUGAGCAUUGCCAUUGGUGUUACCCGACAGUGCCGCGUUGUGUUGUCUGCCGCUUUCGAAUACGUCCUGAAGCGCGAAGCAUUCGGAAAGACACUUUUCGAACAGCCAGUGGUUAG